AUGUUUGAAUGUGUGUGUGUGUGUGUGUGUGUGUGUCGGCCUGACAGAUAAAGCACAGCGAUCAGACCUCCCCGUCAGUCCUGUCAGAUCACAGCUUCUUCUCCCCCUUCACUUGCAGUGCAGUCCCCAGAGAUGAGGCUCUGUGUCUGGGCUGGAGCUCGGUGUCUCCUGCCCGUCCUGACCGUCUUGACCGUCCUGACCGUCCUCCACGUGAAGGCAGACCAGCAGCAGCAACAACCCAGGGAGAGACACUACUACAUCGCUGCCGUGGAGAUAGACUGGAAAUACUCACGAGACAAUGAGGACACUCACGGGUCUGGUCCCACCUAUAAGAAAGUGGUCUUUCGGGAGUAUGAGAAAGACUUCAGCCAGCCGAAGACUCAUCCCUCCUGGUUAGGUCUGCUCGGGCCCACGCUGAGGGCCGCGGAGGGGGAGACCAUCGUCGUCACGUUCAGGAACAUGGCGACCGGCGUGCAUAGCAUUCACCCGCACGGCGUCGCCUACGGGAAGCAGUCGGAGGGGGCCAACUACUUCGACAACACGUCGCAGAAGGAGAAGGAGGACGACGUGGUGCAUCCCGACGGUGAACACGUCUACUCCUGGGAGGUGACGUCGGACGUCUCCCCGCAGCAGGCCGACCCCACCUGUCUCACCUACACCUACAUCUCCCACCGACACGUCGUGGAGGACUACAACUCGGGCCUCGUCGGCGCUCUGCUCAUCUGCAAGCCUGGCAGCCUGGACGAGUCAGGGAAUCAGAUUGACGUCAGCCAGGAGUACGUGUUCCUCUUUGGGGUUUUCGAUGAGAAAGAGAGCAAGUACAAGCCCAACGGCGACGCCCCAGACGACCACGUCAAGUACACCAUCAACGGAUACACGGCGGGAUCCCUGCCUGAUGUGAGCGUGUGCGCUCACGCCUCCGUGAGUCUGCAUCUGGCGGGCAUGAGCUCGGAGCCCGAGGUUUUCUCGGUGCACAUCAACGGCCAGGUGCUGCAGCAGAACGGGCACAAGGUGUCGUCCGUGGGCCUGAUCAGUGGCUCCACCGCCACCGCCCGCGUGGUGGCCGUCCACCCGGGCCGCUGGCUGCUGUCGUCACACACCAGCAAGCACGUUGAAGCUGGCAUGCACGGUUUCGUGGACGUGAAGACGUGCGACGGCUUCAGCACGCCCCCUCGACGGAUGACUAUCGCACAAAAGAAAGAGAGCAGGGAGUGGAUAUACUACAUAGCCGCCGAGGAAACUGUCUGGGACUAUGCACCCAACACGCAACAACAUGUGGAUGAGGACUUCAAGCUCCAGUACUUGAAACAGUCCCCGACUCGCGUAGGUCAGAAGUACAAGAAGGCCGUGUACACGCUGUACAACAACGCGUCAUUCACUGAGAGGACGGAGUCCAAGCAGAGGAAGGACGAGCUCGGGAUCCUGGGCCCGGUGAUCCGAGCGCAAAUCAGAGACGUUAUCAAGAUCGUUUUCAAGAACAUGGCGUCCAGGCCCUACAGCAUCUAUCCACAUGGACUGACCAUACUGAAGUCAGAGGAGGGAUUCAACUACCCCGAAGGAGGCAACCAGUCUCACGGCGUUCAGCCGGGUGAGACGCACACCUACGUGUGGCGGGUGGGGGAGGAGGACGAGCCGUUGCAGGGAGACUCCCGCUGCCUGACGCGGAUGUACCACAGCGCAGUGGACGCGCCGCGCGACAUCGCCUCGGGGCUGAUCGGACCGAUCCUCAUCUGCAAGAGUCAGUCCCUCAAUGUCAGGAACGUGCAGCUGAAAGCAGACAAGGAGCAGCACGCCAUUUUUGCAGUGUUUGAUGAAAACAAGAGCUGGUACCUGGAUUACAACAUUGGCCACUACUGUGAUCGGACCAAAGUCAACAAGGCAGACGAAGACUUUUACAAGUCCAAUGUCAUGCACACGAUUAAUGGUUAUACCUUUGAGAGUGGCCCAGUCUUGGGCUUCUGCAAUGGUGAGAUUGCGACAUGGCACGUGUCGAGCAUGGGAGCGCAGGACUACAUCCAGACGGCGACGUUCUACGGCCACACAUUCGAGUUGAACGAGCGGACGGAGGACUUUCUCAGCCUCUACCCCAUGACCGGAGAAACCAUCACUAUGCACCUGGACAACGUUGGUGUCUGGCUCCUGGUUUCCCUGAAUUCCCAUGAAACGACCAAAGGAAUGCGUGUGAAGUUCAAUGAUGUUGAGUGCUACCGCGACCACCAGUAUGAGUACAGUGACUAUGACAAUACAGAGAUAACCAAAGAAUUUACUGUGUGGACUCCUCAGAAGAUGGAUGAUAUCAAGAAGGAAGCAGAGAAGUCAGAACCCUCAAAAAUCACCCAAGGGGAGACAGACAUUUACACAGAUAUGUUUGCAGACGAAUUAGGCCUCAGGUCUUUGAAGAACCAGUCUACGGGCGCAGACGUGGAAAAGCUGGACCUUUCUUUCCUCGACUAUGACGCUAUUGACGUGCCUGACGGAGAUACGAAUUUCACCGUCAAUCUCAAGAGGACAAAGAAUAAAAAUGAGACCUCUAUUCCAAAGACAACUGCAAUGAAUAAGACAUUACCUUCAGUUUGGAAAGACGCUGAUGGAGUAAACCUUACAGUGGUUCAUUUGCUGAACCACAGCCUCAGUGAGAAUACAACACACAUACAAAACAUAAGUACAGCAUCAAAUUCAAAAAAAUUCUCCAUGCUGAAGACAGACAACACAACCGUCAUUUACAGUCCAAACGUAUUAGAAAAGAAUGACAGUAUAACUAUAAAUGGCAGCGUUUCUCGAGUUGUCUCACAUCUUGAUAAUAAGACUGCGUCUGACACAAAGAACCCAACGGUCCACAAUGCUACGGCACAAUCAGUUGCUGGAAAUGUUUCCACAGAGAUUACCAAUUUUACGGUAACUGAACAAAAAAAUACCAAUCUUUUGGUAACAGUACAAGAAACUACCAAUCUUACAGUAACAGUACAAGAACCUACAGAACCUACUAAUCUACCAGCAACAGGAGAAGAACUUACUGAACAUUCUAAUCUUAUAGCAACAGUACAAGAUCCUUCUAAUCUUACUGUAACAGUACAAGAACCUACUACUCUUACGACAGUACAAGAAACUACUAAUCUUACUGCAACAGUACAAAAACCUACUACUCUUACGACAGUACAAGAAACUUCUAAUCUUACGGUAACAUUACCUGGAAAUGCAAAUUCCCUCUUGAAGACUGAAAGAAUUAACGUAACCCUGACUGGUGACAACCAGACGUCCGUGGGCACAAUCUUGGAAGACGACUCGGAGAAAAGACUCACCAGAGGUGAUGUGUUCUCUUACUCUGUGCCCCUGUCCAAUUCCAGGACAAACAGUCCCCACAGUGCACCAGAGGGCAAUAUGUCUGCCACCACUCCAUCACAAAGGGAAGAUGAGAAUAAUACAGCAACUCGCCAUGCAGAUGCAUCAAACCAUUCAUUGUCCAGUCCAGAUGUUGGAGAGGUUAACAUUAGCAGCACAGGCAGAUACAACCUGACCAACACAAACAAAACCAGUGAUGCCGACUCUUUGAGCACUGUAACCGACCUGGAGUACGGACCACAAAAUGUCACACUAGAGAUCAAAUAUACAAAUAUAACCAGAUCAAAUGUAUCAGGGGAGAUUAGAUCAGAGAGUAAUGUGAACAUCACAGCUCUUCCUGGUGAGUUGAACCACACAUCUUCUGCAGAAAUUUUCUCCAACGAGACUUUGGAUUUUGACAACCUGUCCCCCUCCAGCGGCAGAGUAACCAUGGGAGCUUCUGAGGAGCUUGGUGCCUUGGAGAGCAAUGAAGAAGUGCUUAUCUACCUCAGAGAAAACAACACAGAGGUGAUAAAAACCACCUCUGUUAAAAUACAGGGCCACAACUGGACAUAUGAGGGAACCCACCAAGUGAUACCCAUGGAGAUCCCUGACCACAUGAUUAAAUAUUUUGAGACCCCUCAAACAACGCCAGCUCCAAAAAAGAAGAUAAAGAUGGUGAGCCUCCGUCAGAGGCCCAAGAAGGGAGAAGGCAUGAAAACAAAAAGGAAGAAGGUGUACAAGCCUCUGGCCAGGAGCGGUUUACCGUUCUCUCCUCGUGGAUUCCAUCCGGGCAUGACACCACGCGGGGCACGACCCAGUGCGCCACAACCUUACUCCAAUGAGGAGGACCUCAUUAACAUGCCGGUGGUCAUCGGAGUUCCCCGGCCUGAUUUCAGUAACUAUGAGCUGUAUGUUCCUGGGGAUGAACCAGAUCAUCUGGGUUAUGAGCAAGACGUGAAAGCAGAUGAAUAUGAGUAUGUGACCUACAAAGACCCCUACAGCAGUCACGAAGACUUCAAGAAUAUCAACCUGGACGACAGCACCAAAUACUACUUAAAAUUCUCAGGCCCAAACGUAAAGACUUACUUCAUCUCUGCAGAGGAGGUUGAGUGGGACUACAGUGGCUACGGACAGAGGAGGCAAGACAGAGUACAACAAAACAGUCGGAAAACAACGUUCGUCAAGGUGAUUUUCAGGAGUUACAUCGACAGUAGCUUCAGCACACCCGACAUCCGCGGGGAGAUGGAUGAGCAUCUCGGCAUCCUGGGACCGGUCAUCAAGGCAGAGGUUGGACAAAGCAUCAUGGUGGUGUUCAGGAACAAUGCUAACCGGCCUUACUCCAUCCACCCGAAUGGGGUUUCCUACACCAAGCAGACAGAGGGUCUGUCCUACGAGGAUGGCUCCAAGUACUGGUACAAGUAUGACAACGAGGUCCAACCCAAUACCACCUUCACAUAUUUAUGGAAGGUUCCUUCGAUGGUUGGGCCAAUGCCAGAUGAGUCGCACUGUAGGACCUGGGCCUACUACUCUGGUGUCAAUCCUGAAAAGGACAUCCACACUGGCCUGAUUGGGCCUCUGCUGGUGUGUCGAGAGGGCACCCUGAACGAGAACGUACCUGACAUGAGGGAGUUCAUGCUGCUAUUCAUGACCUUUGAUGAGUCGCAGAGCUGGUACUUCGAGAAGAACCAAGAGAUGAUGCAGAGGAAAAGCCGAAGGAGACUCAUUGACCCCAACUUCAAGGAGAACCUCAAGUUCCAUUCCAUCAACGGCAUCAUAUACAACCUGAAGGGCCUGAGGAUGUACACCAACCAGCUUGUGCGCUGGCACCUGAUCAACAUGGGCUCUCCCAAAGACUUUCAGAGUGUCCACUUCCACGGCCAGACGUUUCUCCACAAGAAGAUCACCAGCUACAGACAGGCUGUCUACCCACUGCUGCCUGGGGGCUUUGCUACUCUGGAGAUGUAUCUGUCCAAACCUGGCCUGUGGCAGCUCGAGACGGAAAUUGGUUUCAACCAGCAGAAGGGCAUGCAGACCCUUUUCCUGGUUCUGGAUAACGACUGCUACCGGCCCCUGGGCCUCCAAUCGGGCAGCGUGAAAGACAACCAGAUCACAGCGAUCAACACCAGAGGAUACUGGGAGCCUAAUCUCGCCAGGUUGAACAAUCAGGGUAAAUACAACGCGUGGAGCACAGAGCAGAACAACAGCUGGAUUCAGGUGGACUUCCAGCGGCCAGUAGUGAUCAGCCAGGUGGCCACCCAGGGAGCCAAGCAGAUGUUCCAGUCCCAGUACGUGCUCAAGUUCUCCAUCUCCUACAGCACCGACCGCCGGAAAUGGAUCUUCUAUAAGGGCGACAGCAGGGACCUCAGGAAGGUGUUCCUUGGGAACCAGGAAGCCUACGGGACACAGAGAAACACCUUCUUUCCUCCUGUGGUUGGACGGUUCAUCAGGCUCCACCCCCUCCACUGGUACAACAAGGCCACUGUUCGCAUGGAGUUCUACGGCUGUGAGCUCGACGGUUGCUCGAUGCCUCUGGGAUUAGAGAGCGGGGUCAUAGAGGACCGUCGCAUCACCGCCAGCUCCGAGGCCUCCAACUGGUACUCGGGACCCUGGAGACCGUCCCUCGCACGUCUCAACAGACAGGGCGCCGUCAACGCAUGGCAAGCUAAGUACAACGACAUGAGCGAGUGGCUCCAGGUGGAGCUGCCGCAUGUGAAGAAGAUCACAGGUAUAAUAACCCAGGGGGCCAAGUCCCUGGGGAAAGAGAUGUACGUCACGUCGUACGCGCUGCAGUACAGCGACAACGGGAUCCACUGGAACCAGUACACGGAUGACGAGGAGGAAGUCGCCCUCAAGACCUUCUCUGGAAAUACUGACAACAACGGCCACAUGAAGAACUACAUCUACCCUCCCAUCUUCUCACGCUUCAUCCGCAUCCUCCCCAGAAGAUGGACGGGCUCCAUCACCAUGAGGGUGGAGCUGCUGGGCUGCGACUUUGAGUGAUUCACUCGCUGAAUCGUGCCACAAUAAACACACACAUGCGAACUGAA